GGGAGCCCUGUGAUUGGCUGCUCCUCAACUAAUUUACAUGUCUGCUCCUAUAAAACCCUUCAGACUAGUCCCGCGUAGAAACACAGACUGUGUACGAGGAAGAGCGACAGGGACUUCUACGAUUUUGUUGAAUGGUUUUUGCGGCUACUAUGGGGGAUAAAUAACUCUCCUGCUUACAAGAAUAUUUUUCUCUUGCACUGCAGAAUCAGUAAAAGUUGCUAGCACAGACUGCAGUAGAAAUAUCUUUAGAGAAAUGGGGAGUCGUUACCUUUGGACUGUCGCUCUGUGCGUGUGGGUGUCGGUGUGUCGGUGCAAGACCGCGCGCUAUAGGACUUAUGAGGAGGACGAGCCUGGCACAGUGAUAGGGAGUUUGGCGGAAGAUCUUCACCUGGAGGGAAGUUUCCGACUGAUGAGACAGUUCAACAAUUCCCUUAUCCACGUCCGUGAGAGUGACGGACAGCUGAGUAUCGGGGAGCGGAUAGACCGGGAGCGAAUCUGCCGACAGUCCCCUCACUGUACCCUGGCUCUGGACGUGGUGAGUGUGGCCAAGGAGCAGUUCAAGUUGAUCCACGUGGAGGUGGAGGUGAGAGACAUCAAUGACAACAGCCCUCGCUUCCCCGGCGCAGAAAUACCCGUGGAGGUGUCUGAGGGCGCCAGUCUGGGCACCAGGAUUCCUUUAGACAUCGCCACAGACGAAGACGCGGGCGUCAAUUCCAUCCAGACCUUUCAGAUCUCAGAGAACAGUCACUUCAGCAUCGACGUGCAGACCCGGGCGGAUGGGGUGAAAUACGCAGACUUGGUGCUGAUGAAAGAGCUGGACCGGGAGAGUCAGUCCGCUUAUACCCUGGAGCUGUUGGCUAUGGACGGCGGGAGCCCAUCUCGCUCUGGCACGGCGAUGGUUAAGGUGAGAGUGUUGGACUUCAAUGACAACAGUCCCGUGUUUGAGAGGGACGCGGUGACGGUUGAGCUGAUGGAAGACUCUCCGGUGGGAUUCCUGCUGCUGGACCUCAACGCGGUUGACCCCGACGAAGGUGUCAAUGGAGAAAUCGUGUAUGGCUUCAGCCCGCAGGUCCCCCAGGAGGUGCGUCAGUUGUUUAAAAUCGAUGCCAAAUCUGGUCGCCUCACUCUUGAAGGUCAAGUUGACUUUGAGACGAAGCAAACGUACGAGUUUGAUGUCCAAGCGCAAGACAUGGGAGCCAACCCCCAGACAGCCACCUGUAAAGUCAUCGUGCGAGUCAUUGAUGUGAAUGAUAACGCCCCGGUCAUCACCAUCACCCCCCUCACCUCCAUCAGCGCCGGGGUCGCCUACAUCACCGAGGCGGCUGCCAGGGAAAGCUUCGUAGCGCUGAUCAGCACCAUGGACAGGGACUCCGGCCACAAUGGACAAGUUCACUGCACUCUCUAUGGGCACGAGCAUUUCAGGCUGCAGCAAGCCUAUGAGGACAGCUACAUGAUCGUCACCUCCUCUGCUCUGGACAGGGAGAAAAUAGCCGAGUACAACCUGACAGUGGUGGCAGAAGACCUGGGCUCACCCCCUUUUAAAACUGUCAAGCAGUACACUAUUCGGGUGAGCGAUGAGAACGACAAUGCCCCUGUUUUUGCUAAGCCGGUGUACGAGGUCUCAGUGCUGGAAAAUAACGCCCCCGGGUCUUAUAUCACCACUGUAGUGGCCAGGGACCCGGACUUCGGGCACAAUGGUAAAGUUAUUUACAGACUAAUGGAGACUGAAGUCAUGGGGGCCCCUAUAUCAACUUAUGUAUCGCUGGACCCUGCGACUGGCGCAGUCUACGCACUGAGGACUUUUAACCACGAGAUCCUCCAGCAGUUGGACCUGAGAAUCCUGGCGAGUGACGGAGGGUCCCCCCAGCUCACAAGCAGCGCGAUCAUUAAGGUGAAGAUCGCAGACCAGAAUGAUAACGCGCCUGUGAUCGUCCAACCAGCCCUGUCCAACGGGUCGGGAGAAGUCGAGGUCCCAGCUAGAGCCCCGCACGGCUUUUUGGUCACGCAGAUUAAAGCUAAAGAUGCGGACGAAGGGGUUAACGCCGAGCUGACCUAUAGCAUCGCACAACAAGGCAGGAAUGUGUUCAGCAUUAAUAAAGCCACGGGGGAAGUCUUUCUGGUUGCAGAUGUCAGUGAAGCCGUAGGACAGACUUUCAGGACCACAGUGAGUGUGAGUGACAGCGGGAGGCCCCCUCUAUCCAGCACGGCCACCAUCACUUUCCUGGUCACGUCGGCGACCCCUCCAAUAAACCCCGAACUCAUGCAGCCGAGUUCUUGGGAGGAAAAAGUGUCCCGCUGGGAUAUGCCCCUCAUAGUCAUCAUUGUCCUGGCUGGCAGUUGCACCUUGCUCCUAGCGGCCAUCAUCACUAUUGCAACCACCUGCAACAAACGCAGAAAGGAGAAUAAAGGCGGCAGCAAGAACCCGAGGGACAUCUCUGAGCUGGAGAAAGGGGAGCAGGAUGAUGACGAGGGGCUUAUUAGCAGCCAACAGGGGAAUCUGUUUGAUACCAGGCCCUUUACUGGCACAGACCUACCACCGACCCCUGAAGCUCCCACUACGGAAGAAACAUUCGGCACCUGUCUGUACGACCCCCAGAAGCGACUGCGGACCACUAACAGUGAGAAUUACACCCCAGCUCCUGUCUUCAGCAAAGACGCUGGUCCCACUGUGACAGUUUGGAAAGGGCACUCGUUCAACACGAUCCCCCUGCGGGAGGCUGAGAAGUUCAGCGGAAAGGACAGCGGCAAAGGAGACAGCGACUUCAACGACAGCGAUUCUGAUAUUAGCGGAGACGCACUGAAAAAGGAUCUCAUUAACCACAUGCAGACAGGAUUAUGGGCCUGCACAACUGAAUGCAAGAUCCUGGGGCACUCAGAUCGCUGCUGGAGUCCAUCUUGCGGGAGACCCCCCAAUUCUCAUCCCCCCACAGUGCACACUGGACAGCUCUCUGUCUCCAGCUUUUGCAAGAGCACGUCACUGCCUCGUGAUCCUUUGCACAGAGAUAACUACUACCAGUCCUCUCCAGCUCAGGCACACCUUCCCAAAACAGGGGGACUUCAGAGCGUCUAUGAGAAAGUACUGCCCAAAGACUAUGAAAGCAGGACAAUAAAGCUGAUCUCCCCGCCAAGACCUGGAAGACUCCCUGACCUCCAGGAAAUCACAAUGCCUUUGUAUAAGUCCCCGGGCACCAAAAGAUACAUGUCUCCAGAUGACAGUACCUGUGAGCAGGAUGAACUUUAAAAUUAUUUAUCUCUAACCCUAAUAUGCAGACUUUCACAGUUGGGUAUAUAAGGCUUUGUGAGUUCAAAUGUUUAAGUUAUUUAUUAGAGAAGGGAGCUUAUUAUACAGUUACAAGAUGUUUAAAACCCUUUUAUUACUAUAGUGUACUAAGGGUCAGAAAUAUCAAUACAGCAUUACUAGGUUUGCUCUUAUGUUUGGUUUGGGAAAACACUGGUGUACAUUGUACCAUAUAUGCAACUUUGAAUUAUGGAGAGUAUAAAAUGCAAAAUGGGCAUGUCAGAUCAGACUCUUGACCGAACAGUUCUCCCUCCUGAAACAGCAAUGUAAAAUGAUUUUGAUGGCCACAGACCACAAUACUCUUACACAUAUACAAAGAGGUGCCAAGCUCAGGAAACGUAACAUUUUGGUCUGUCAGUCACUCACAGAUCAGUUAGAUCAUUUCUAGUGAUGAGCGAAUUUAUUCGUCAGGAAUGAAUUUGUGGCGAAUUUCCGCGUUCCACCGGCGCAAAUAGAUUUGCGAAUUCUACAAUUCCGACACCGGCGACAAUUCAGAUGGCAGUGACAAGUAAACGGAAGCCCAUUGACUAAUGUGCGUCACACGUCAUCAAUUUUGUCGCCCACGAAUUGACGAGUUUUACAAAAUUUCCACCCGUUUUGUGAAUUUCGCAGGAAAUUUGCGAAUUUUCAUGGAGAAAUGGGACAAAUUCACCCAUCACUAAUUAUCUGCAAACAGAUCAUGUCUGUUCUAUACAAUGUGGUUUUUCAGUGAUCAGAUUAUUCAGAUUCAAAUGAUCAGAUCAGUGGUGCAACUAGAUAUUACUGGUCCCCACAGCAGAUUAUUUUUCAGGCCCCCAAAUUGACCAGUUUUACCAAUAUCUUAUUUAAAUUGUAUAUGAAUUGGGACCUCAUGGGGCCCUAUACCUUCUGGGGGCCCCUGCAGCCGCAGGGUCUGCUUUCUCUAUAGUUAUGCCCCUCAAUCAGAUCAUUUAAUUCGUGGGUGACUGUAUUCUGUUCUUUGCUGCAAGUUACCUUUCCAACAACCGUUGCAGUUACUAGUCCUUAGUCACUUGGGGUUCUCUAGAUGAGACAGCUAUAUUCUGACCUGGUGACUAAACAAUGGCUUCUUCUCUAAACUAUACAAUACACACAAUCAUAUAGGAGGUGUAUGAAAACAGAGGUGGUGUAAUUCUGGAGUGAGCCUGUCUUAUAGUCAUUAUGUUGAUUUCUAUGGAACAGCGUCUUCUUUCUGAUUAUAAAUACAAAGCAACCGUUUCUUAUUAGAUUUUACUCCCUCUCGUUUCAUAAAUGGAGCAGUUUGGGGUUCUAAAAAUAAAUCCUAUUAAUCCUAGCAUUCCUCAAAUACAACUUCUGCGAUACUCUUUCCAGUGUGAUCCGAAGAAGGGUAAUUUGAAUAUUAAUAUUUUCAAUAGAUUUUAACCUUUUGUUAGGUAAUCUUGUACCUGGAUAAGCAGCUAUGUGUAUUUAGUAGAAUGACAAGGAACAAUGCAUUCCCAGAGACAGAGGGAGGAAUCAGUCUAACCCUGGUGCUGAGCAGAAAACACAGAAAAGUCUCGUGUUUUCCAGACCUAUUAUUUUACAGGAAAUUUUAGUACAGACCAGGGGUAUUUUUUUGCAUGUGGCAAAAAUGGUAAAAUAAUCUUCCCAAUGUGCCUUAACAAAGAUUAAUAAUAAACGUAGUGAUACAUUCCUGUCAGGCAAAUGCCGUUUGGGUUUUCCAAACAAAAAUAGUUUCUUUUCUGUUUAUAUAAUUUUUAUGAAAUGUCCGUAUUUCAUUUUUUUUAACCACAUUCAUUCCCUUAGCUGACAUGUGACUUGCCAUUUGGUAGUGAUUAUAACUAUGAAUACUGUGUACUUGUAAUAUGUCUGUAAAUAGUCAAAAAGAUGUUCUAUUUUUAUAUUUAAAAAACAAAAUAUUCAAAAUGAAAAUCUAUUGCCAAAGGAACUAUGGGUGUAAAUACAACUGUAUACCUUAAGUCACUCAAAAUGUAUAUGUUUAAAUGUACAUUUGAACAGUUAUCUCAAAGAUUUGACUUGCAAAAUGUGACUUGUAGUUUAUGCACUUGUGGUUCAUGGAAAAUGUUAUUUAAUUGCUUUUUACUUGAGAAAAAUGUCACCAUAAAACACUCUAAUAAAGUAUUUGUGACUUCUGUGAA